ACGCAACACGGGGCAAGCAAUGCAAUCUUUUGAUCAUGCCUCAUUGCGCGUGAGAGCGAAGCAGGAUGCAUUUGAUCUGCCCCGGGCUCUUGGUGUACUUCUUCUACUUCGGAUUGUACCAGGAGACGCUCGUGCCGGUCCACUCGCACCCGCAGCCGUGCCGCGUGCUCGCCCAGGUCGGGCACACCGUGCGCCUCGGCGUGCUCCUGCCCUCCCGGAGGCCCAUGCGCGUGCGAGCCGCGCUGGACCGAGCGCUCGGCGCCAUCGCCGCGAGCGGAGACAACUUCCUGCCCUACAACCUGAGUCUGGACGUGGUGGCGCGCGAGCCGACCGACGGUGACCCCGAGUCUCUUUUCCGGUGCGUGUGCCAGUCCAUAGUGGUGCAGGGGGUCUCCGCGGUGCUCGCGUUCCCCCAGAGCCGGAACGAACUCAUGCAGGUGGAAUUUAUGUCGUCGUUUUUGGAAAUCCCCUUCGUGAGCAUAAUCGAGCAGGGAGAGCCGCUGAAAACGGAGAACCGGUUUCACCUACAGAUGAUGACACGGAUCCCUGCGUCAGACCUGGCCGAGCUUCUGUUGCUGGUGAUGCAGCGGAGUGGUUGGCAUGAGGGCAUGGCCGUACUCUGCCAGGGCUGGGAAGAAGCUGGCCUUCUCGACCUUUUAAAACUGCACGGUAGCACAGCCAAGGGCAACUCUCGCUGGAUCCUUCGUGCUGCCCUUAACCUCUCGGGUAGUUCACUAGACCAAAGAGGCAUAUCGGAAUUCCUGGAGCAGCAUUUCAGCCAGGACCCCCAUCCACCAGCCUCUGUGCUGCUACUAGGGUCCGAUCCACAAUGCGCUUCUGCGGUACUGCGCAGUGCCCAUGACCUGGGUCUAACACUGCCCACAAUGCAUUGGAUUAUGGGAUAUCCGUUAAGUCCGGAUGCCUUGCAUUCCAUUGGCUUACCACUGGGGCUGCUAGCCUAUGGCGAGGUUGACCGCAAACCUCUGGACUUCUAUAUUCAUGACACGUUACAGCUGAUCAGUCGAGCAGUUGCUGCUGCCACGCUUGUGCGGCCUGAUCUUGCGCUCAUCCAAAACAUGGUGAAUUGUUUCGAUAAACCCAAUAAGCAUGAACUGCCUUCAUCUGGACAGUACAUUGCCAGGUUUCUCUCCAACACAACCUUCAUGGGGAUGACUGGUGCAGUCAGUGUGCAGCGGAACAUGUCACGUGUGUUUACAUCUCACCGGGUGCACAUCUGGAGACUUCGGCGUGACGCUGUGGGCCAGCCGGCCUGGGUGACAGUGGGUAGCUGGGAGGGCACCCAGCUGGAUGUUGAGGAGCGAGGUCUGUGGGAGAGCUCAACCCCGCGGCAACGCGCCGAGGCACAAAGAGGUCGUGAGGGCAGCCGGUGGCGACCCGGCUUCCCUGUUUCAGGGAGCCGUGUGCGUGUGGUCACCCUCGUCGAGCACCCGUUUGUGUUCACCAGGGAAGUGGACGAGGAUGGCAACUGUCCAGCUGGACAGUACUGCUUGGAUGCAGGUACCAACAGCUCGGAUAUACUGGAUAAUGUUUUUGCCAUGCGAGCACAAGGGAAUAAGACGUUUCUUCCAGCGGAUUACAGCAAGUGCUGCUAUGGAUACUGUAUUGACCUGCUAGAAAAGCUGGCCGAGGACAUGGACUUUGAAUUCGACCUUUACAUUGUGGGAGAUGGGAAAUACGGUGCAUGGAAAGGUGGCCGUUGGACAGGGCUGGUCGGAGACCUGCUUAAUGGCGUGGCUGAUAUGGCCGUCACCAGCUUCAGCAUCAACUCGGCACGUAGCAAAGUAAUGGACUUUACCAGCCCGUUCUUCUCCACCAGCUUAGGCAUCCUCGUGCGCAGCAAGGACACGGCAGCACCCAUUGGAGCUUUCAUGUGGCCCCUACACUGGUCCAUGUGGGUGGGCAUCUUUGUAGCACUGCACAUGACAGCACUCUUCCUCACCCUCUAUGAGUGGAAAAGCCCAUUUGGCAUGACUCCACAUGGGCGUAACCGCAUGAAGGUGUUCUCCUACUCCUCAGCCCUUAACCUGUGCUACGCCAUUCUGUUUGGCCGCACGGUAUCGAGUAAGACGCCCAAGUGCUGGACAGGACGAUUCCUCAUGAACCUGUGGGCCAUCUUUUGCUUGUUAGUUUUGUCCAGUUACACAGCUAACCUUGCUGCAGUCAUGGUUGGGGAAAAGACCUUUGAAGAGGUUUCGGGCAUUCAUGAUGCCAAACUCCAUCACCCUUCCCAAGGGUUCCGUUUUGGGACCGUACGUGAAAGCAGUGCUGAGGACUACAUGAAGAAAAGCUUCCCUGAAAUGCAUGAAUAUAUGAGGAGAUUCAACGAGCCAACCACCCCAGAGGGAGUCGCCACUCUCAAGACAGAUCCUCCUCAGCUUGAUGCUUUCAUCAUGGACAAAGCUUUGCUGGACUAUGAGGUAUCCAUCGAUGCCGACUGUAAGCUGUUGACUGUUGGCAAACCCUUCGCUAUUGAAGGUUAUGGAAUCGGCCUGCCCCAGAACUCGCCUCUCACGUCCAACAUUUCGGAAUUCAUCAGUCGCUACAAAUCCGACGGCUACAUGGACAUGCUGCACGACAAGUGGUACAAAGUGGUACCCUGUGGAAAGCGAGUCUUCGCCAUGACGGAGACGCUGCAGAUGGGUAUCCAGCAUUUCUCAGGGCUGUUUGUGUUGCUGUGUGUAGGCGUGACUGGGGCGUUACUCACUCUCAUAGGUGAACACGCCUUCUACCGCUUGGUCCUGCCUCACAUUCGCCGUCGGCAGAAAUUCAAGUACUGGCUCCAUACCAGUCAGAAAAUUCACCGGGCACUGAAUAUGACUUAUGAGGACGUAAAACGACAGAGAGCCAACACGGAGAAAAGCUGUAAUAUCCAGAAGUCCCAGCCGGCACAACCUCCACCACCUCCGCCGCCGGGGACCUUCGCCAAGUGGAAUAACGAGAGCAGCCGUGCCGCAAAAGAGCUCAAGGACAACAAGAGGGUUCAUUUUAACCUGGAGACGUUAAACACACGCCGCCUCCUUGCCCGCGUAGUCGCGGAAGGCGGUCAGGGAACUUCUGGAUCCGCAACGGGAACCGGGUCCAGCUCUGGACCGGCACCCGGUGGAGGUCAGGUGUUGAGAGUGUGUGAAAACGGUGGCCCGGUGCCUCUACAGCCACUCCCUUCAUCUUCUCCACCUCAUUUGACUGAGCCUCCAAAGGACGGAGAGCUGGAGGAGCUGCAGGAGAAGAUCGAGGAGAUCCGCGGUCAGCUGAGGGACGCUCUGGCUCGCAGGGCCCAACUUCAGACUGCUCUCGCCAAAGAGCGUGCCGCUGCUGUGAUUCCACUGACCCAGGAAGGGCCGCCCACAGUCACAGCCACAAUUUGCCGCUCCCUCGUCAAAGACUUGGAAGGGAAAAGGUGAUGCUGACGCUUUCGGGACAGCUCAGAGGGGAACAAGGCGAUGAUCCACUGGAGGCAACCUGUUUUUGAUGUCUAAAACUGAUCACUGAUGCCUAGAAUCUGCUGCAGUCCUCACGCUAUAGCAUCCUCAGGCUCCUGGCACUGUUAUGCUUAUGAGAACAGCAACACAGAUUCUCUAAAGCAAAUCAGAUCUCCAGCACCCUAUCAUGCAGACCCGAAAGAGAAACGUAGACGCGCAGCUGAGGCCUAAAGCUCUCCGGUUAUAAGGCAGGACACACCAGCAUGGCUAUGUGAUGUCUCGUCUUGUGUGGAGAGAAUGCACAGGAUUUCUACAUGCUCUUCUCUUUUCUGCAGAUGUGUUUUUGGGGGUUUAUGGGAGUACCGGCUUGGGAUGUGAAACAUGACAUAAAUUCUCUCAAUAGUUAAAAAGAAAAACAAAGAAGAAAAAAAACAUGGUGGUGGGUUUUAAAUGU